AUGGCUUCAACCCAACCACGUACGGCCAAGGAGGUAAUUGCCGCAUUGAACCUUGCUCCUCACCCAGAAAAGGGUUUCUACAUCGAAACAUACCGUGACUCUAAAUCCGAAAACGAGCGGGCUACUAGUACAUACAUCUACUACCUUCUUGAAGGUGAAGCGGGCCAAUCGCACUGGCAUCGUGUUGUCGAUGCUUUGGAGGUAUGGAACUAUUACGCUGGUGCUCCCUUGAAGCUUUCAUUGUCAUGGAACGACGGUGAACCUGUUCGUGACGAGAUUCUCGGCGCCGACAUUUGGAAUGGAGAGCGUCCUCAGAUCAUCGUCAAGGAAGGUGAGUGGCAGCACGCCCAGUCUUUGGGCGAUUGGACUCUAGUUGGUUGUUCUGUUGCUCCUGGAUUCGAGUUCUCGUCGUUUGAGAUGGCUGAACCUGGUUGGGAACCUAAAGGUGCCGAGAAGUAG